UUAAGGUUAUAUAAAAAUCCAACAAAAUACUAAAAAAAAACUAAAAAAUGUAUAUAGUCUAUAAAAUAAUUAUUACAAUAGUUAUUGUGUUCGGAGAAAAAAUUCAAGAGUCAGUCGCAGCUCAGUCUGUGGUAGAGGUGGACUAUUCAGAGUUGGUGGUGGAAGCAGAGAUGCAGAAACACAAUAUACUGAAGUUUCUGAACGAGACCCGCGUGCAACAGAAGUAUAAGACGUUAUUUAAGAACUUACUGGAUAAGUUAUUAGAAAAUACCAAAUCAAUCCGAAGAGGAUCAACUCGUCGCAUUGUAUCCGGAGUGAACACCUCCAUAGCCGCGGUACCCUGGCAGGUCUCUCUGCGGGAGAAGACCUACCCCAUUUGUGGUGGAUCAGUCAUCACUGCUUUUUGGAUCCUUACUGCUGCUCACUGUCUCUUACGGCCCAAAGCAAGCGAGCUGAGCGUCCGCCUCGGCUCCUCGUGGAAGACGCACGGAGGUGAGAUGUAUGACGUCAAGGAAUCCUACGUGCACCCGAAGUACGUGAGGAACACCAAAGUGAAUGAUGUCGGGCUGGUCAAGCUGUACUCUCCCCUGCGCUUCUCUGCGAGGGUGCUGCCGAUCAGGAUGGUGGCGAGGGAGACCCGUCUACCAGCUGACCAGGCUGCUAUUGUGUCUGGAUGGGGUAAACUAAGAGAGGAAGGACCGAGUGCCACGUUCCUUCAGUCCUCAACGAUUAAGACCAUCGCGAUGAAGCUUUGCCUCAAUUCGGGCCUGGAUAGAAACUCCAUUGAUCCUGCAUCCAUGUUUUGUGCUGGCUCCUUCAUCCAGCCGUCGCCUGAUGCUUGUCAGGGUGACAGCGGAGGUCCGAUAGUGAGCGAGGGCGUGCUCAUCGGCGUGGUGUCGUGGGGCCUCGGCUGCGCGCGCGGCAACUUCCCCGGCGUGUACACGCGCCUCGCCUAUCCUGUCAUCUGGGACUGGGUGCACGCGCACGUCGCGCGCGGGCACGACGCCAACACCGCACUGUGACCGC